AGGUUGCCCAUUUGCCAUUUGUUGUUGGUGCUUUGGUUAAGGGCAGUGGUUGUGCGAUCGCAUCAACUUCUGCUCGGUUGCUCCUCGAAUGGAUGUGGACAGGAAGAAAGGGUUAUCCUAAAAUCUUACAUAUAAGACCGCUUUUUGACCCACAUGGUCAUGGCCUCUCCCAUGCAGUCAUCUGCGAAAAACGGCGUAACUGUGCAUGAAAUGAAGGCGUUACGUUUGGAAUCGUGUCGCAAGAUUUUCAUACCCAGGGAUUACGCGCAUGGACUCAAUGUGCACUUCGAAACACAAUAUCCUUUACUUUUUCGUGGAAAGAUAUCCGAGCAAACGUGGGAGAAUACGGUGGAUACAAUCAACUCAAUUUUUGCGGAAGCAGAAAAGGUUUGCUUUGCCACUAUCGUUGAAACUAUCCUGGGUUGUGUUACAUGCUACUGCUCUCGAUUAGUGGCCGAUACGAUUUAUCAAAAGAAGAUGAUGAAACUCAACGAAUUUCUUGAUCGAGAGAAUCAAGAGACCUACAAUCCUGCUGGCUUUCAUAUACUGAGUCCCAUGGAAAGAGGGCUUCGCACGAUUGAGAUAUGGAAUCCUCUUAACCGUGAUCUCCAUCCACUCAUCAAAUGAAUGAAUAGGUGCUAAGCAGCUGUCUUGCAGCUUGAAUGCUGACAAAGACUCGAUGGAUGUGGCACCCUGGGUCUGACAUUACUUACUUUCUUGUGCUUCCACUUGUCUCAAUCGCCCAUUUUUCAUGUCCGCAUGUUUGCUUUAUCUUCGAAACUUGCUCUGGUAUAAACAACAUCACCGUAUCGGAAUCACUUUUGUGCUAGUCAUUAUCAGAAGACUUUUUCUGUGCUUGGAACAGUUGUCUCUGCGAUUGUGAUUGCUGACAUUUCACUUCUGCUAUUUCGACCCUUUAUCUUUCGUUUUGUCUAUGUUUCAUAAUUGUUGACGUUGUUGCAUAUUAUAGGCUGUUUUUCGUCUUUGAUUAUCUUACUUAAGAAUAUUUAGUUGGAAUGUGUAUUGAUUUACAAACGAAGAAUUAUAAAUGUGAUGCAAGUUU